UCAGACGCGCAGGCGAAAGCGAAACCAAAACAAUGCAGCGUGUAAGAAAGGUUUCGUUUUCAAAUAAUUCGGACUCUGGCUGCAGUGACCUGCAGUCUACGGAGAAACAGAGUUGCUGAUGGAGUCUGGCCAUGGAUCUGGGGGCUGACCCUGAUGAAAGUGCGAAAGAUGUAUUGUCCCAGGAAUCCUCAGAACUGUUACACAUCCUUUCAGAACAGUCACCGUCAGUCAUAAUGUCGCUUGGCCGAAUGGUGCCCAGAGAACUUCUGAAGGAAAACCAGCAGGCCCCCACAAGCCCCGCGGCUGCAUCCGUCACAGACAUUGAAAUCAUGUUGAAGUACUUCCAAACAAGCGCAGAUGCGGGGGCAUGCUGCAGGUUUCUUCAGAGUGUUUGUAUGGUGUGUGAAAAUAUUCCCAUGCGUCUGGAGUCGAGGCUCAUGUCAGUGGCUGGGCAUGCAUGCAAUGUCUUACUGAAUCCAGCCUCAGAAGACACAGUUGGGAGCGACACAGGUUGUUCUGACAUUUGCACUCCAAACACAGCGGACAUGAAGCCAUUAACACCACCGUCAGAGGAGCAACUUGUAAAACGCCCGCGGAUUGAUCACUGGGAGCAGUAUAUCACCGAAGUGACGAGUUCCCUGCAAAGGAGGUGGAAACGAGUGACAGCAGGGCUGGUGAAGGAGGUGCAGCUGGAGAAAGUGUGGGUCAGCAUUAGAAAUCCCAGCAGAAGCAGGGACAGACCCGAUCAGACCCCGGGGUCAGCAAGCAGAGCAAGCAGGACGCAAGAUCCUGAUGUGGAUUACGGCUGUUUUGAGUCCAGAUCGACUUUGGAGACCUUCCUGCAGGGAUGUACAGGAAAAGUGACCGUUCUUGUGGGCCAGGCUGGAUCAGGAAAAACUCUGCUCAUGUCCUGUUUAGGACAACAGUGGGCAAAGGGGCUAGGCCCUAUCCCUUCAUCCUACCUAUUUGUUCUGCUGGAGUUUCGGCAGCUCAACCUGCUGUCCUGCCCUCUCUCCCUGUCCCAGCUGCUGUUCCAGCACUACCUCCCCCCAAACGGGGGCAACCAUGCAAAGCAGGCAAUUUUAGACUACCUCCUUUCUAAUCCAGAGCAAAGCUGUUGGGUACUGGAUGGCUACGACGAGUUUCACAGGAAAAUCAGUGGGCAAGCUGCGGGGAGCGAACCGCUGGAUGUGAGAACACCUGUUCCAGUUGCUGACCUCAUCUCAGGGUUGUUGAAUGGUCAACUUCUGCCAGGAAGCACUGUACUGGUCACCUGCCGCGUACGUGAUGCCGUAGACUUAGACGGCUUGUCGGACAAAGUCGGGCAGCUGCUGGAAUGGGACCACAAUGAAAUGAAGGAAUAUGUGGACAACUUCUUUGGCGUGAAAGACGGAAUUGUUGGAGCAAAAGCUGCUGAUCUCCUCCUCUCCAGUCGACACCUCCUCGCCAUGUCCUCUGUUCCCGGCCUCUGCAGCAUCUGCUGCAUCUGUCUGGAGCAUUUACUGCUGCGAGGCCAAGAGGCAGGAUGCACACGGGUGCUGGACAAAAGAGGAGACAAGACAAAGAAAAGCACCCAAGAAACAAAAGAAAAAGAAGGAGAAGAGGAAGAGGACAGCAGAGGAAAGAGUCGUGCACAAAAAGUCGAACAGAGUGGAAUGAGAGAAGUCAGCCAAGACACGACAACUACUGAUACUAGUGACAGAGCCAAAUUAUCUCCCACAUUUGGCCAAGUUCCCACAACGCUUAGCCAGGUUUAUCUAACAGUUGUUGCCGCAUUUCUCAGCCGUUAUCCUAAUCAAGGAGGCCAAUAUUGCAGGCCAGCGUCUCCUCCGAGUACUGUGGGUGCACUGAGCAUUCUGAGUCAUUACCAAUCUGAGUUGCGUGAGUUGAGUCGCAUGGCAUGGAGAGGCUUAGAGGAGAGCAAGAUCCUCUUUGAGGAAGAAGACAUUCCACGGCAUGUUUUAGAGUUAUCCAUCAAGACAGGUCUCUUCUCACAGGUGGAGCUCAGACGUCACGAUGGGGCCCUUGUCAACGCCUACUGCUUCGUCCAUCUCACUGUGCAGGAGUUCCUGGCUGCAUUUAGAACCAUGACAAGCACUGACGUUAGUGAUGAACAGCUUAAGAGGAGAUUUAGUCUGAAAACUCGCUGGACAACUAAAUCAGACCAGAAGUCGGUGUUUACCGACUCCCUGUAUCUAUACGUCUGUGGCCUGGCCUCUCCACAGUGCACCUCAGCCCUUGUUCAAGUAGCCAGAAUUUCUGGUUUGAAAGGAGUCCAAAGUUGGGUUCAGAAACGCCAAGCCCUUGUUCUGAAUCUACUUGAAGGACUAUGCCACAGCACCAGUCUGACUGGGCCAAAGCUGUUGCAACUUUGCCACUGCAUCCAGGAAAGCCAGGAUCACAAACUGGCAAAGCUGUUUGUCAGUGUGAGACCCACCCUGGAACUGCGCAACAUCUGGCUUCUACCAAAUGACAUAGAUGCUCUGGCCUUUGUAAUUAACUCGAGAGGUAAUAACAGCAUUGGUUUGGACUUUGGCGCAUGCUCAAUGGAGUUGGAGUGCUUAGAUGCCCUGCCCAGAUGUCAGUACAUUCAUCACCUCAGUUUUCGUGGACGGAGGUAUGGUGACAACUUUGCAGAGAAGUUGUCUUCUAUACUACCUGAAUUCACAACACUAAGAAAACUAGAGUUUUGUGGUGCUAGUCUGUCUGCUACAGGAGCAGCGAGUUUGGCUUCCGGUCUGCAGAACUGUCCAGAAAUCGCUGAGAUCAAUCUUAUUGACAACAAUCUCCAAGAUGAAGGAAUCAGGCACAUAGCUGAGAUUGUUACCAAACUGCAAAACCUGGUGUCUGUAACGAUGGGACAAAACAACACCUCUCUUAAAGCAAUGGACUAUCUCAUUGAGAAAAUGUCUUCAUGUCUGAACAUCCAACAUGUUCAUGCAGAUGGGAUGAAAAAAGUGUCAGUAACAUUUUCUCAAACAUUAGAUAACAGCGAUAAAUCCGAUUCUGAGCCAAUGGUCAGCUUGGUGAAUCAGAAGUGGAGCAAGUUUGAGAUGAAAAACCUGGUCAGGACUCUGGCGGGCUGCCCGGCACUGUCUGUACUGGAUCUCUCUGGAGCUGAAUGGGAUGAAGAAACUUUCAGAACUCUGGCUGAGUUUGUGCCAAAAUUCAGGAUCACCAAAAAAAUCAUCUUAAAUGACAUCUACUCAUCUGUGGAGUGCCUUGUGGCUUUGACUGCUCUGCUGUCAGACUGUCUUGUGACGGAGCUGAGUAUCAGAUUGCAGAAACCUGUACAGAUUUCUGUAACAUUCCCUGGACGGCAAGAAAAACCUGCAAGUGAAAUGUCUAAAAAACUCUGUCUCAGCUGCUGUAAUCUGCUUCCUGCUGACCUGGAAAGAGUUUGGAGAAGUUUGGGAACUGCCUCUGGUCUCACUGUGUUUGACUUGUCCUGUAACCGUUUGGGUGACAAAGGCUUGAAGAAGCUAUUGAACAUCCUGCCUCAUUUAAGCAAAAUCCAGGAAAUCAAUGCCAGCAACAAUGGCAUCAGCAUGAGUGGGAUGAUUCCUCUGGCCAUUGCGUUAUGUUCCCAUGGCAGCUUAAUGGAAAUUCACCUCAGUUGUGGCGUUAAAGACCAGCUGACUCUGCUGUUCGGCCCUGAAGAAAGUAAUGGAAAGCAGAAGAUAAAGAUGUUCAGAAUAAACAACAGCAGGCUCUUUCCAAAUGAUGUGUCCAAAGUGUGCAGAAGAUUGAGCCAGUGCCGCUUCCAUUUUGAGUUAGAGUUUUCACACUGCUCAUUUGCUAACAAUGCAACUGAGAAUCUGGUCAAGCUGUUGCCAAAGAUGUUGUCACUUCAAAAACUCAAUGUCAGCAGCAGCGUUGCUUCCACCACUGAUGCGCUGGAACUGGUCAGGUCUUUGGCGGACAAUCAGAGAGUCACAUUGGUUGAUCUCAGUCCACAGAACGAAUCUGUCAUUAACUUUGGAGAAGGAGCAAACCAAGCCAGCUGCAGGUUGACACACUUUUGCUUUAAUGUGGGCCAAAUGGAGAGACUACUUGAGAUCCUGCAGCAGAGCCAGCAUUUGCAUUACCUUGAUUUAUCAGGUAAUCAACUGGAGGAUACAGCUUUCAAGUGUUUGGUGGAUUCUUUGCAAAGGCUUAAAAUAAGCAGCUAUAUCAAUCUCAGCAACAACAUGCUGACCCAGCAGGGGCUGUUUUGCAUCACCAGUACACUGGUUAACUGCAUCAAUGUGUCUGCUGUGGAAGUCAGUGGUAGAUUGGGAGAAGAUCAGAGAUGCCUCAUCUGGUUCAGACAGAAUGGAAGUUGUGAAAAAACUCUGAGUGUCAGAGAAUUCAGUCUGGAGCGUGAUGAUCUGGUCAGAUUAGCAGAGAUCGUGUCCAGCUGUCCCAGCAUGGCCAAACUGGAGUUCUCAAACAAUUCACUGCAGUCAGAGUGGAUUGAGGAUUUAGUGAAGGUCUUGAGACCCAAUCUGAGAGGAUACACUGUAAGUAUUGAAGAGUGUUGGAUCAGAGCUGAGAAAGCUGUGCAUUUGCUGUGUCGCUGUUUGGAGCUCAAUAGCCACAUUCAAAAUAUCAGGAUUCACCAGACCACGCUCUACCUGUCUGUGAUGAAGACCGCUGCACUGACCUCAGUCAGUGGUGCCGCAGAACCUCCAGCUCAGUCAGUGGCCACAAACAUAGGCCUUGUUGAUUGUGCUGUAACUGGAAACCAACUUGCAUCACUGUGGAGCGUCAUCCAACACUGUCCUUCACUGACAGAGCUGGAUUUUUCCUACAUCACACUGGGUACAGAUGGAGCAGAAAUGAUCUGCUCCUUUCUACCCUUGUUGCCAAAGCUCACUUCUCUCAGUGUUGCAGUCAAAGAGAGUACGCUGUCAAUGGUGGAGGAGAUAUUACAAGAAGUCCUGCAGUCUGGAUCCAUCAAAUGCUUAAACCUGUCAGGUCACACCAUCAGUGACACAGCAGCUCACAAUAUGACCAGGUUGCUGCCCCGCCUUCGAUCACUUAAUCUGUCCCAUUGUGUGUGGUCGUUGACUGGAGGGCUGGAGCUCCUCCAGACACUGCAGCGGUGCCACACUUUGGAAGAUCUUUGCCUGGACUCUGUGCAGCUGAAUGAAGAGAGCCAGGCGUGUUUGGCACAUGCACUGAGGAACAUCAAGUCCGUACAAAGUCUCAAGCUGAACGAGACUGUCAGAGUAGCGGGGGGGUCAGAGGCUGACCGGAGGCUGGAUCUCCUGGCUGCCAUGGAAGGAAUCACACAGAUGAAAGAGAUUCAAUUGGGCUGCUGGAGACUUUCUGAUGGAGGGGUGCAACAACUGAGCAGACUCCUUUGGAACUGGACACAGCUCAGGACACUCUGUCUCUCAAAGAAUCUCAUUGGUGAUGAAUCUGGAGUGAAGCUGCUUGAUGCUUUGAAGCGUUGUAGCCACUUGGAGGAGCUCAACUUAUCGAGCAAUCGUCUUGGUGACCUCACCGCCGCCAGGAUGGCCCUCGUUCUACCAUCACUAACCCACCUCGCUGUCUUAGAUAUUUCAGAAAACCGUAUUGGACCUGAAGGGUCGGUUCAUCUGUCUGAAGCAAUAAUGAGCUUAAAGAGCCUCACCAAGUUUCAUCUGACCUCUGUUGGGAACUCACAACUAAAUACUGUUGCUGCCAGUUUGCUCCACUGUCCCAUCAUACAAGAUCUGGGUCUGGGAUGGAACAACUGCGGUGAUGAUGUGGUGCUGGAGCUGGCCGGAGUUCUGCCUUUCUGCCAUAAACUGACUCGAAUAGAUCUGGAGUGUAACAGUGUGAGUGUGAGUGGAGUGGAUGCCCUGGUUAGAGCAAUGAGGUCCUGCCCUGGUCUCCACGUCGUCAGGUUGUGGAGGAAUAAAGUUUCACAGAAUGAAGCUCAGAGGCUUUGUUUGAGGGAGAAGAGGUUGAAUUUUUCAUCCACCUAAUCUGGAGAAGAAGCCAGCAUUGAUCAGCACCUGCAGACGCGGAUCAAGCAACCACAGCAAGAUGCAGCUUCAGCUUUAAACUCAGAUGAACCUCCACUCCCCUGCUGAGUAACAAUUAGAAGAGUUUUCAUUCCUUUUGGCAUUUUUGCAUAAAUGCCCUUCAUUUGUGAUUUUAAGUCAUUGAACCUUAAAAGUUCCAAAAACAGGCCACAGAAGCAUUGCAAAAAAACUUAUAAGUCAGUUUAGACAAAGUUAGGUUUCAGAAACCUUAAGUUGUGCAAAAGUGUGGCGAGCUUGCAGCUGGCAGAGAGAUGACUUAAAAAUUCCAUCAUAAACUGAAACAAAAUGCCACUUCAAAAUACCUUGCCAGGUUAUGCGAGAGAAAAACAAUUCCAUGAAGAAUGUAUGCACUGAUUUAAUAAGUCACUUUGCACUGUAGUGUGUUUACAACAAAUGGAGGCCACAUAGGUGAAAACACUAUUACUCAUGAACCCACAGGAAAGACUGAAGAUCAGCAUGGACAUGGUCAUUUUAGGUUGUGGUCUCUUUCAAAAUUACAUAUUUAUUUCUGCUAUCUUGAAUAGGAACUUCUCGAACAUGAGAACUUAAUGUUUCAGGUUAUUUCUCAGCAGUUUGGAGAUAGUAUGUUGAUGCUGUUAUGAGAUCUAUGCACCUUGUUUAAUAUCAUUAUUUUUUCUGUUGACAUUUUACUGUCAUUUUUUUUUGACGAUAUACAUGUUUUGCUUAAAUGUUGACAGAGCACAAACUCAUCAAAACUUGUUUGUAUGAUGAGACUGAUUGAGGUUUAAACUGGGGUUUUUUUUAACAAUAAAGAGGUGAUU